AUGUCGAAGGCUAGGGUCUACGCCGAAGUCAACGUGCUGCGCCCCAAGGAGUACUGGGACUACGAGGCGCUCACCGUUCAAUGGGGUGAGCAGGAUGACUAUGAAGUUGUUAGGAAAGUUGGGAGAGGAAAAUACAGUGAAGUCUUUGAGGGUAUUAAUGUUAACAAUAAUGAGAAAUGCAUCAUUAAAAUCCUCAAGCCUGUGAAGAAAAAGAAGAUCAAAAGAGAAAUUAAAAUUCUUCAGAAUCUUUGUGGAGGCCCUAACAUUGUGAAGCUCCUUGAUAUUGUUAGAGAUCAGCAUUCAAAAACACCCAGUUUGAUCUUUGAGUAUGUCAAUAACACAGAUUUCAAAGUGUUGUACCCAACACUAACAGAUUAUGACAUUCGAUAUUACAUCUACGAGUUACUCAAGGCAUUAGAUUACUGCCAUUCACAAGGUAUUAUGCACCGAGAUGUGAAGCCCCACAAUGUUAUGAUAGAUCACGAGCUUCGGAAACUCCGGCUGAUAGACUGGGGCCUUGCUGAAUUCUAUCAUCCUGGCAAGGAAUAUAAUGUCCGUGUUGCCUCCAGGUACUUCAAGGGGCCUGAGCUUCUUGUUGACUUGCAAGAUUAUGAUUACUCUUUGGACAUGUGGAGUCUGGGCUGCAUGUUUGCUGGAAUGAUUUUUCGUAAGGAACCAUUUUUCUACGGCCAUGACAACCAUGAUCAACUUGUUAAGAUAGCCAAGGUACUUGGAACAGAUGGGCUGAAUGCUUAUUUGAACAAGUACAGAAUUGAGCUUGACCCUCAGCUGGAAGCCCUUGUUGGAAGGCAUAGCAGGAAACCCUGGUCAAAGUUUAUUAAUGCAGAUAACCAACACCUAGUGUCUCCUGAGGCCAUAGAUUUCCUCGACAAGCUUUUGCGUUAUGAUCAUCAGGACAGGCUUACUGCACGUGAAGCUAUGGCACACCCAUACUUCCAACAAGUGAGAGCUGCAGAGAACAGCAGGACACGAGCAUGA